GCACCAAAUGUUAUUUUUCUGUAAAAAUCACCAAAAUUCUCCCACACCCUUUUGGAUCCUCCAUUAAUAAUAUGCAUUGGAUUUUUGCAAAUUCAACCUGAAUCGAAGAUUGAGUAUAUAGUAAAUAGUUGUAUUAAACGCUGAUUAUGGUUUCAGACAGAAAAUUAGCCAACGCUAUGGGUGGCAAAACUGCAAGAGCUUGUGACAAUUGCAUAAGAAAAAGGGCACGAUGGUAUUGCGCAGCUGAUGAUGCUUUCCUUUGCCAGAAUUGUGAUGCUUCAGUCCAUUCAGCCAACCCUUUGGCUCGCAGACAUGAAAGGGUUCGUCUCAAAACUUCAUCUCUCAAACCCUCCAAAGAACUUUCUUUAGAAAUUUCCGUGCCGUCUUGGCACCAUGGUUUCACAAAAAAGGCACGUACACCAAGGUCAGGAAAGCAUGCAAAAUCAAAAUCUGAUCAAGAGCCAGCAAGAAACCCUCUUCAUCUUGUCCCUGAAAUUUGUUCUGAUGAAAUCGAAACAUCCCAUGAAGAAAACGAGGAGCAACUUCUUUAUAGGGUUCCUAUAUUCGAUCCAUUUGUUGCUGAAUUACGCACGAGUGAAAAUUCUAAUGAAGCUGCAACAAAUAUGGGAAACGAUGGGGAGGCUGCUGAUGCUGUAGGUGUUGAUGAAUCUAAGGGUACAGUUUAUGACUGUGGAAAUGAUAUCAAUCAGUUCCAUGGACCUCUUCCAUCUGAAAUGGAGCUUGCUGAGUUCGCGGCGGAUGUUGAGAGCUUAUUAGGCAAAGGGCUCGAUGACGAAUCAUUUGCUAUUGAAGGGUUGGGACUUUCUGAUUGUAAAGAGGCAGAUUUAGUGGAUAAUAGCUCUCUGGGGAGUGGAAGAGUGAAGGUUGAAGAUGAAGGAGAAGCGGAGGUUGCCAUGGGAAAUAAUCAGAUUGAUGGAGAGAUUGAUAUGAGUAGAGAUAAAAAGGAAAAGGAAUAG